AGAAAGCAACAAGCUUUGGGUGCAGUGUCCUUGUUAGCUUCCCCAAGUUAAGGAGCCUUUAACAGUAGCAAUGGGAUUUCAUGGUUUAGGAUAAUGCUCUGUCUUCACGCACAGUUGCACUUGAUCUGCAUCUCUCUCCCUCUCUUUUGAAUUUGAAAGUUGCGAGACACCAAACAAACCGCUGGAUUGACUGUCCCCAGCAGCCCACAGUGGUUCAGCUCAUUGAAUCCUUUUCCAUCCUACACCAGGCCUCACCAAACUGUACAACAUCAUCUCUUUCCCCGAAGCUGAGAUUCUUACACCGAAGAGGGCUUGUCUCAAGACAUGGGCGGCUCAGGGAAGUGGUUGAAAUCCUUCAUAGGACUCAAGAAACAAGAGAAGGAUGACAAUGAAAAGAGUGGUGGCAGUGAUAAUGGCAAGAGCAGGAAGUGGAAGAAGCUGUGGAGGAGCUCCUCAGGGGAGCACCUAUCUCUGUGGAGGAGCUCCAAGGGCGGCAGCCACCGGUCGGUGGCGUCGGAGGCGUCCGAUGUCUCAUCACUGGCCGACGCGUUCACCGCAGCGGUGGCGACGGUGGUUCGUGCGCCGCCCAAGGAUUUCAAGGUGGUCAGCCAAGAGUGGGCUGCUAUCCGGAUUCAGACUGCCUUCCGCGCCUUCCUGGCCAGAAGAGCUCUGAAGGCAUUGAAAGGAAUAGUGAGGCUUCAGGCUAUAGUCCGAGGCCGCCAGGUGAGGAAGCAGGCGGCGGUGACGCUGAGGUGCAUGCAGGCGCUCGUCCGAGUACAAGCCCGCAUACGAGCUCGUCGCGUACGCAUGUCCACCGAGGGCCAAGCCGUGCAGAGAAUGCUCGAAGCUCAUCGAAGCAAACAGGACCUGCUGAAGGACGCCGAGGAAGGAUGGUGUGACAGUCAGGGCACGUUGGAAAAGAUAAGAACACGGUUGCAGAUGAGGCAGGAGGGAGCUCUAAAGAGAGAGAGGGCCAUUGCUUACGCCAUGUCUCAGCAGGUCCACAUGUUGACAGUGAAAGAAGGGCUAAAUCAAACAAGCAGCUCCCUAAAGCUGUAUGAUUUGGACAAGAACAACGGGAACUGGAGCUGGUUAGAAAGAUGGAUGGCUGCCAAACCCUGGGAGAACAGGUUAAUGGAAGAAAAGGCCCAGAAUGAUCAUUCUCAGGCUCAAUCCAAAAGCUGCGAAGACAUGCAUGGCAUCUGUUCAGAACCUGGUUCUGUAAAGAUAAAAAAGAACAAUAUGAGCACUAGGAUUUCAGCCAAACCUCCGACCACACCCUUCAACCCAUCCUGCAGAACUCAGUCGACUUCAUCUCCACCCACUGAACUGCACUUCAAUGAGAGUUCCGCAUCAUCUUCUUCGAUCUGCACAUCGACGCCGCUGCCCAGCUCCAAUGUAUCAGCAGCAGAGAACUCCGAGGGCAGCCACAGAAGCAGGCCAAGCUACAUGAAUUUGACUGAAUCAAUCAAGGCAAAGCAGAAAACUUGCAGCACACAAACAACAAUUCAGCUUCAGAGGAAGGCUUUGUCUCACAUCAACACAAGGAGCAACCUCUGCUCGAAUCACUCAGCUUUUUCUUCCAAGAUGGUGACUGCAAGGGACAAGAGAAGCAUGGCCAAGGAGAACUACAGUUGUGAUGAGCAACAUAACUAUGUGAAUUAGCCCUUUUUUCCCCUUCUCUUUGGCACCUUGUCCUCUUACAGCAUUUAUGUCUGGUGUGCAUGAGUUCUUUGUAUCUGCUUUCAGGGUUCAACAUCUUGUUGUGUUGUAUGAGUCUGUUGAACAAAUUCGUUUGUGUUCCUACCUCAGAGAGAUCUAUCUGCAUUGCUUGCUUGCUACCAUCA